CUGAGGCGGAGGUGGCAGCGGCGGGCCUGAGGCGGAGAAGCGGCCAGCAGCCCGCCGUGCUGGUAGCGAUAUUAAUAAGGCAGCGGAAAGAAGAAAUAUGAAUACGGCUCCAUCAAGACCCAGCCCCACACGAAGAAAUCAGAAACGCACAAGCAAACAAUAAGAACGUGAACCUGUGUGAAGGGCCUUGCUGCUUUUUUAGAACAUACAUCAGGAGAUGCAGAGGAAGCUUUGUUUUCCGUGGCAAACCCAGCAAGUUCAGCUUGCACCAGAUCCAUAUGGCUUUGGAGAUAGUCGAGAUACAAGACGUGAUCGAUCGCCCAUUCGAGGAAGUCCAAGAAGAGAGCCCAGGGAUGGCAGAAAUGGCCGGGAUGCUCGAGAUGGCAGAGACAUGCGAGACCCCCGAGAUUUGCGGGACCACAGAGAUAGCAGAGACAUUCGGGAUCACCGAGACAGCAGAAGUAUGCGUGAUGCUCGGGACAUGAGGGAUCUUAGAGACUUUCGUGACCUAAGAGAGACUAGGAAUUUUCGAGAUCACCGAGAUCCCAUGUACGACAGAUACAGAGAGAUGAGAGACUCCCGAGAUCCCAUGUACAGGAGAGAAGGCUCUUACGACCGAUACCUGCGAAUGGAUGACUACUGCAGGAGGAAAGAUGACGCUUACUUUGACCGUUACAGAGAUAGCUUUGAUGGACGAGGCCCACCAGGCCCAGAAAGUCAGUCUCGUGCAAAAGAGCGUCUGAAACGUGAGGAGCGUCGUAGAGAAGAGCUCUAUCGUCAGUAUUUUGAGGAAAUCCAGAGACGCUUUGAUGCUGAGAGGCCUGUUGAUUGUUCUGUGAUUGUGGUCAACAAGCAGACUAAAGAUUAUGCUGAAUCUGUGGGGCGGAAGGUCCGAGACCUAGGCAUGGUAGUAGAUCUAAUCUUCCUCAACACGGAAGUCUCACUGUCACAAGCCUUGGAGGAUGUCAGCAGGGGAGGGUCUCCCUUCGCUAUUGUCAUCACCCAGCAACACCAGAUCCACCGCUCCUGCACAGUCAACAUCAUGUUCGGAACCCCUCAAGAGCAUCGCAACAUGCCCCAGGCAGACGCCAUGGUGCUGGUGGCCAGAAAUUACGAGCGCUAUAAGAAUGAGUGCCGGGAGAAGGAGCGCGAGGAGAUUGCCAGACAGGCGGCCAAGAUGGCUGAUGAAGCCAUCCUCCAGGAAAGAGAGCGAGGAGGCCCCGAGGAGGGAAUGCGCGGGGGGCACCCCCCAGCCAUCCAGAGCCUCCUCAACCUGCUGGCCGACAACAGGUACCUCACUGCUGAAGAAACUGACAAGAUCAUCAACUACCUGCGAGAGAGGAAGGAGCGGCUUAUGAGGAGCAGCACCGACUCUCUGCCUGGCCCGAUUUCCCGUCAACCACUCGGGGCGACCUCGGGUGCCUCACUGAAGACACAGCCAAGCUCUCAACCGCUCCAGAGUGGCCAAGUGCUCCCGUCUGCUACACCCACUCCAGCUGCACCCCCCACCUCCCAGCAAGAGCUUCAGGCCAAAAUCCUCAGCCUCUUCAAUAGUGGCACGGUUGCGGCCAAUAGCAGCUCUGCAUCCCCCUCAGUUGCUGCCGGAAACACCCAGAACCAGAAUUUUUCCACAGCAGCGAACAGCCAGCCUCAGCAAAGAUCACAGGCCUCUGGCAAUCAGCCUCCAGGCAUUUUGGGACAGGCAGGAUCUGCUCGGAACAUGGGCCCCAGGCCUGGGGCUCCUUCCCAAGGGCUCUUUGGCCAGCCUUCCACCCUCCUGGCACCUGCCAGCAACUUGGCUAGCCAGAGGCCCGUGUCUUCCACAAGUAUCAACUUUGACAAUCCAAGUGUACAGAAAGCUCUGGACACCCUGAUCCAGAGUGGCCCUGCUCUCUCCCACCUUGUUAGCCAGACCACAGCACAGGUGGGGCAGCCCCAGGCCCCCAUGGGAUCGUACCAGAGGCAUUACUGAGGCUAAAUCUCAACUUCCCCCAGGUCCCUCUUCCCCUGGCCUCCUACCUGUUGCGUUCUAAGUAGUUACUUGGAGGAUGUUCUCUGCGCGUAUCCAGGUCCACAUCGAAUGGCAUAAGUUUCUACCACCUGCUCUCUUCUGCCCAAGGCUGUUGUUACUUAUUCCUUCCAGAGUCAGAGUUUGUACUGUCUUGGAGGUGUAUUUUUUGUUGUUGGGGUUAUUUUUAUUUUUUUUAUUUUUUAUUAUUUUUUGAUAGAAAAUAAAUAUCUCUGGGGUCAUGGGCAGUAUAGGUGUCUGGGCUCCGUUUGUAUUUCAUUUGUCUCUGUCAGCUCGAUGUGGGGGCGGGGAAGGAAAAAGCAGCCAAGUUCCAACUGGCUGCGUUUGGGGUAGUCCUUUCAUGGCGAGAGCCACUGCCUUUGUUCAUUUUGAACCCCCCCAAGGCUUUCUGGCCUCACACAGGCCCACCAGAGCGCGAGCUCCUGCUUGCGUCCCUGUGCAGGGUUGUAGAGCCGCAAGCUGGGCUUGGUAGGCAUGGUGCCAGUGCGCCCUGUCCCACGAGUGUGGGGGCUGCCUGCGGGGUGGUAAGCAGGCUGCUCGGGAGUUGUUGAAGAGGGGCCAUGGCAGUCACUUUCCUGCCUGACCCAGAGUAGUUCUUGGUUUUUCUUUUUCUUUUUUUUUUUUUUCUUUGUGGCUUUCAUUGCAAUGGAAGAUUUUCCGUGGACUGAGCAGCACCGGUCACCAGCAGUUUAACCCAAACUGUGAAUCUGGGCCCCAACCACUCUGAACCCUUUAACAUUUGUCAGCCUCUUCCUCACCAGUGGUAGUUUCAUGGAGUUGGCUCUGAGAAGACCACCCUAGACUCUGGUGGUGAACACCCAUUUUUUCAGUGAUUGCUCUGAGCUUUUGGCCCAGAAAUCAGGCUCUUGUUCUGUUUUCUGAGCAGCAGGAGGUAGGGACCAUUUUGAUGUCAGACUUUUGGUAGCUGGACAUGUUCUUGGUGCAGGCGGCUGUUCAUAACUUCUGAGCCAGAGUGAAGUUACUAGAGGGAGGACCUCUGCCUGCUGCUCUAAGUGGAGCCGAAGGAAGCUGCCUUCUCCCUAGGGAUGGUGCUCCUUAGCGCCUUGUGGAUCAGUCUCAAGGGACCCCUGGCGGAGACACGGGAGAGCAGUGACUUCAGCUGAGUCCUUGCCAGUAGCUGAGUAAACAUUGGUUUCCAAAACUCAAGGUCCCCAGAUGGCAGUGUUUUGUUCUGACCUGUUUGUGUUAUAUAUAGUGUUUUGUUUUUUUUUUCCCUGUUUGGAACUCCUGUGUUGUCAAUAAGAUGAAAUGAUUACUUUUUAAUUAAAAUGUAAAAGUGAAA